UGCUUUUCACGCCGGCUUCUCAUUCGCGUUAAGGUUCUCCGGGGUAGGACAGCCUGAUCCACCGCCACCUAUUGCCUUGUUCUUUUCUGCGGCGUUGGCGAUGGAACCCAGGGCCUCAGUGGGCUAGAAAUGUUCUUUUUGGGGGCCAAAGUGUGAGUAUAUCUGAAUGCAGAGCCUCAUCUAUUCACAAAUAAGCCCAGCAUUCUCAACAAAGAGGAUCACUUCUCUGUAGGACAUUUGCCAAGGUACAGAAUGAGCACAUGCUGUUGGUGUACUCCAGGUGGUCCUUCCACCGUUGAUGUCCUAAAGUGCUAUGCAUCUAGCACUGGCUCGAGUGAAUUUCAAACAGCUGAUGAAGACCUCUGCUACUGCUUAGAGUGCGUGGCUGAGUACCACAGAGCCAGAGAUGAGGUGCCAUUCUUGCAUGAGGUUUUAUGGGAAUUAGAAACCUUACGCCUCAUAAAUCACUUUGAGAAGUCUAUGAAAGCAGAAGUUGAAGAUGAUGAUGAAUUAUAUAUAGUAGACAACAAUGGAGAGGAACAGCUAUUUGACUGUAGUGGCCAAGAUUUUGAAAAUAAACUCCGAGUUCCUCUUUUUGAAAUACUGAAGUACCCUUACUUGCUUCUGCAUGAGCGUGUUAAUGAACUGUGUGUGGAAGCACUUUGUCGAAUGGAACAGGCCAAUUGCUCCUUUCAGGUUUUUGACAAAUAUCCGGGCAUCUAUUUGUUUUUGGUUCAUCCCAAUGAAAUGGUUCGGCGAUGGGCUAUUCUGACUGCAAGAAACCUGGGGAAAGUGGACAGAGAUGACUAUUACGACUUAGAGGAAGUUUUAACUUGCCUUUUUAAAGUCAUUGAGUUGGGACUUUUGGAAAGUCCAGACAUUUACACAUCUUCUGUGCUUGAAAAAGGCAAACUGAUCCUUCUGCCUGCACACAUGUAUGAUACUACGAACUACAAAAACUACUGGCUAGGUAUUUGCAUGUUGCUGACUAUUCUUGAGGAGCAAGCCAUGGAUUCACUGUUGCUGGGCUCAGACAAACAGAAUGAUUUUAUGCAGUCAAUCCUUCACACCAUGGAGAAGCAGUCGGAUGAUGACAGCAUGGAUCCUUUCUGGCCAGCAUUACACUGUUUCAUGGUGAUUCUGGAUCGCCUUGGAUCUAAAGUGUGGGGUCAACUUAUUGACCCUAUUGAAGCAUUUCAAACCAUCAUUAACAACGUGAGCUACAAUAGAGAGAUCCAAAAUAUAAGGAACAGCUCCAUAAGGACCAAGUUAGAACCGGAGCCACAUUUUGAUGAUAUGGUGACAUGCAGCCAGAUUGUCUAUAACUAUAACCCUGAAAAGACCAAAAAGGAUUCAGGGUGGAGAUCAGCCAUUUGUCCAGAUUAUUGUCCUAACAUGUAUGAAGAAAUGGAAACAUUAGCCAAUGUACUUCAGUCAGAUAUUGGUCAAGAUAUGCGUGUUCAUAACAGUACUUUUCUGUGGUUCAUACCUUUUGUUCAGUCACUCAUGGAUCUUAAGGACUUGGGUGUGGCUUAUAUUGUAGAAGUUAUUCAUCAUCUAUACUCUGAAGUCAAAGAUGUCCUCAACCAGACAGAUGCUGUGUGUGACAAAGUCACUGAAUUUUUUAUUCUGAUUUUAGUGUCUGUGAUUGAACUGCAUAGAAAUAAGAAAUGUUUGCAUCUGCUAUGGGUGAGUUCCCAGCAGUGGGUAGAAGCUGUUGUGAAGUGUGCCAAGCUUCCUACCACUGCAUUUGCACGGAGUUCUGAGAAGUCACCUGGAAGUACCCCCAAGGGAGCAGCAAUAAUAUCAUCAUUGGCAUUGCAUUCAGUGCCCUCUAACUCUGUCCAGCUUGCUUGUGUCCAGUUGAUUAGGGGUCUUCUCAAAGAAGGUUAUCAGCUUGGUCAGCAAACACUUUGUAAGCAGUUCUGGGAUAAACUUAACUUAUUCCUUCGAGGAAAUUUAUCUCUGGGUUGGCAGUUGACUGCUCAAGAAACCCAUGAGUUACAAAUGUGUUUGAAACAAAUAAUUAGAAACAUAAAAUUCAAGUUGCCCCAAUAUAGCACUUUCGGGGAUCCGACUUCUACAUGUAAAACUCCUCCAUCUUUUAAAGAAGAAAGUGAACAAAUAGACAGGAAGCCUAAAAAAGGCAUUUAUUGCCUGGAAAAUUAUAGCCCAACAUCUUCUAAAGAAGCAGGGAAAGCUGACCGUGAUCAAGUAUUGAUUAAAGCAAAUAGUAGAGAAGAGGAGGGCAUCAAGCAGCAUUACGUUGAUUUGAAUGAAGGAGAGCCUCUUCCAGCUGAAUUGUGGUUGAAGCAGGAGAGGGAGGCCCCUUUUUCUGGAAGUCAUCAAGAGCAAGUUACAAUAAGCACAGAGAAGUCUGUAAAAGAAACCUCUUCACAUUCACCACAGAAUAAUACUUUAAGAAAUGGCCCAGAAUGGGGAUGUGACAGAGGAGUCAUAUUAUUAACACGUUCAUUGACUGAUUCUCUGGAAAAGGUAUCUACAUCAAAUGAAGGUGUCUCAUUAAAGGAUGAUACUGUUGGUAAAAACUCAAAACCAAAGUCUAAAGCACAGAAAGAUGAAAUUUGUGCAAAGUUAUCACAUGUCAUAAAGAAGCAACACAGGAAAAGUACUUUGAUCAAUAACACUAUCAAGCUAGAGGGAAAUACAGCUGUGCCUGACCUUGAGAACUCCUGUUCAGGAAGAGAGAGAGGAGUUCUAAAGGAAGAUGCUAUCACCAAUGAUGUGUCUUUAGACCCUGUUCUGGAUGAUGAACAUGGUGAGCAAAAUUUUCAAAACAGUUCAUUGUUAAAAAAGAAACAGUUUAAAAGUGAGGAGUUCUAUAAUUCUGAUGAAAACAAAUGUCAAAUCCAGAAACAGCAUGCUACUGAUGAUUUGUUACCAUGUACAGAAGUUACUGAUACAUCGGUGAAGAAAACUUCAUGUGAGAGUCCUGUAAAGGUGGUAGUUGAAUCAAGAGAUAAGGAAAUGAGAAAGAGUACAGUGCUGACUUCUAACUUGGUACAAGGACAGGUGCCUCAUGGCAGUAGCAAGCCUUUGGUCACAGGUUCUCAAAUAGACCUCUGUAACAUCACUUCAAUAGCUCAAACCACUGUUAUUCAGUUCCCAUCAGGGUCAAGUAAAAGUCCAUCCCAGCUACAAAGAAAAGAUGAUGGAAGAUGUUUGACAGCUAACCGAAACAGUGCUGACACUUGCCAUGGGCAGAUUAUUGUUAUUUCGGAUUCUGAUGAAGAAGAAGAUGAAAGAAGUCAUGGUAUUGAGAAACACAUCAAACAGGGCGAAGCAUGCAUGGAGAAAGACUGUCCAGAGCAGCAUGGUUCAGUAGUUAAUACCAGUGUGGAAAAGCAGCUUAUAAAGGAAGAAGAAACAAAGUGCCCAGUAGAAUUUGAGGACUCUGAAUCUCAGGUUUUUGAGUUUGAAAGUUCAUUUGAAGUGUUUUCAGUUUGGCAGGAUCAUAAUGUAGACAGCAAGAACUCGCUUCACAAGGAAGGAAAAAGCUGUGUAACUCAUGUAGCUGAUAGUACAAACAAUUUGGGUUCUGGUGCAGACUCUGUGUCUGAAGAGGUUGUUAGAAAUGAAGCAGAGGAUGUUGAAGAACAUGCAGAACCACACAGUAUUUCUGCUGAGGAAUUUUGUAAAACUGAAGCAAAAAAACAUAAGAGAAAACGAUGUGACAGAGUUACAGCUGAAGAUCCUCAGAGGCCUUCAUCUUCUGUAACAUUUGAGCGAUUGGCUGAUGACAGAGAUCUUGCUGGAAGCGAUUUAAAAAGUACAGAAAUGGGGAUAUCGGCUCCCAGUUCAAGUGUUGAGAGAGAUCCUACAGUUUCACUGAUGAAGUCUACAAAGCCUCGUACUCACUCGAAACCUGUUAGGAAAGUUCCGGCUUCUAAGGUUAUUAAGAAAACUCAUUUAGACACCAAAAGAGGACAGAAUAAGAGUUCAUGUUACAUCAGUUGUAGAACAUCUCCUGCUAUUGUGCCGCCAAAGAAACUUCGCCAGUGUCCAGAGCCAACUUCAACGGUUGAAAAACUUGGCCUGAAAAAAGCUCCCCGGAAGGCAUUUGAGUUGUCCCAGAGGUCUUUGGAGUGUAUAGUCCAAUUACGUGACCAUGGUAAGACUGUUGGAGUAGUCAACGCCCCCAAAAAGACUAAAUUAAUUCCUCCUCAGACUCUUUCCAUCAAAAACAAUAAGAAGCUUCUGACAAGUCAGGAUCGUCAAUUUCAAAGGCUCAUGAGAUCUAGAUCACAUCACAAACGAGACCUUGAUUACACUGCAAGAACAGUGUCCCGUACAGUACAGGGUUCUGACGUACUUGUACCAGACUCUGAUGGGCCAGCUAAUCAUAGAGGGAAUGAGCCCCCUGCCAACAGUAAUGAAAAGCAAUUAGCAAAAUGCAUGCCUUCCAAACCAGAAGUGGCAAAAGCCAUUUCUGAUCCUCAGGUGACUGAUAUAGCUUAUCUUGUGAACCAGUGUGAGUCUAGAGUGUUAAGUGGAGGAGUGCCAACAGAUGUGAUGGUCUCUACUCCAGAGGAGCCUGUGGGUGAAGGUUCUCUCACAAUGCAAGUUGGAGAGGUGGCAGCUGUUAAAGCUGCUGAGCCAGAAUCAAGUAGUGAUACAGAUGAUGACAAUUUAUUCCUAACCCAACAUGAUCCUCAAGAUAUGGAUCUGUGCUCCCAGAUAGAAGAUGAUAAACCGAUUGUAGUGGCUUAUAAAGAUACAGUUCAGAGAGAGGAGUCUGUAAGUCAGCCUCAUUUGGAGUCUUUAAGUGUUACAAAGUGUAAGUACAAAGACUGUGUUGAAACCACAAGAAACCAGGGUGAAUACUGCCCAAGACACGCUGAAGUUAAAGCAGCAGAUGACAAUGUGUUUCGUAAACCUGGCUUACCUCCUAGGUCGUCCUUGAGACCUACUACUACCAAGAUAUUUAGCUCAAGCAGUGCUUCACGAACUGCCAAUCUUUCCAAGUCUUUGGAAAGUACCAUACUUCAGUCAGUACUAAAAAAUAAGUCGAGUGGAGCACAGCCCAAUUUGAAGGUGACACCACCCACUUCCCUGGAGUUUCAGAAGCCAGUGGCUGAGGUGAAAAGUUUAAGCAGUAUUUUUCAUUUUCAGACUCCUAGCAGUUCCAACAAACAGAGUCACAAGCUCAUACUUAGUGAGAACAAGCCUAUGUCAGCUGCUUCUCCGGUGAACAUUCUCUUGCCAUCGCAGUCCAUUUUUGACACCUUCAUUAAAGAGGUCUUAAAAUGGAAAUACCAAAUGUUUUUGAACUUCGAUAGAUGUGGUGCCCCAACAAGUCUCUGUCAAUCUAUCUCAAGGCCUGUGCCCGUCCGAUUUCAAGAUUGUGCAGAGUAUUUUAAUGUUUUUCUCCCUUUGAUUAUAUUGAAUGCUUUUGAAACGGUGGCACAGGAAUGGUUCAACUCUCCAAAUAAAGAGAAUUUCUAUUACUUGCGUUUACGAAAAUUUCCAGCCGACUAUAAAAAAUACUGGGAGUUUAUGAUUUACCUGGAGGAAUCUGAACUAGCUAAACAGCUUCAUCCAAAGGAAAAUGAUCUGGUGUUUUUGGUUCCUGAGAGACUAAAUAGAGAGAAGAAAGAUAUGGACAGGAAUGGCAUGCAAGAUCGAAAUGGCUAUUACUGUGGUUAUGUUCAUAAGUUUCGUCGUACUUCAGUCAUGCGCAGUGGAAAAGCUGAGUGUUCCUUGUGCAUCCAGACACAAGAUAACUUGCCAGCCAGCCUAAAUGAACUUACGAAAUGUAUUGUAAUCAGUUCUCUGGUAACUACACAGAGGAAAUUGAAAGCUAUGUCUCUAUUGAACAGUCGGAACCAGUUGGCCAGAGCUGUUCUAAAUCCAAACCCCAUGGACUUCUGUACAAAAGACCUAUUAACUACAACAUCUGAAAGAAUUAUUGCCUACUUAAAAGACUUCAAUGAAGACCAGAAGAAAGCCAUAGAAACUGCAUAUGCCAUGGUGAAACACUCACCAUCCGUUGCCAAAAUCUGUUUGAUUCAUGGACCACCUGGAACAGGAAAAUCAAAAACCAUUGUUGGUCUCUUGUACCGCUUAUUGACAGAGAACCAGAGGAAGGGCCGUUCAGAUGAAAACUUCAAUGCCAAAAUCAAGCAAAACCGAGUCCUUGUGUGUGCACCUUCCAAUGCAGCUGUUGAUGAACUUAUGAAAAAAAUUAUUCUUGAAUUCAAAGAAAAAUGUAAAGACAAGAAGAAUCCUUUGGGAAAUUGUGGAGAUAUAAAUUUAGUACGACUGGGCCCAGAAAAGUCUAUUAAUACAGAGGUCCUAAAAUUCAGUUUGGACAGCCAAGUCAACCACAGAAUGAAAAAAGACUUGCCUUCUCAUAUUCAAGAAAUGCAUAGAAGAAAAGAGUUUCUAGAUGGUCAACUCGAUGAGCUUUCUCGCCAGCGAGCUCUGUGUCGAGGUGGGCGGGAGAUGCAGAGGCAAGAAUUAGAUGGACACAUUGCCAAAGUUUCAAAAGAAAGGCAAGAGCUUGCUUCAAAAAUUAAAGAGGUUCAGGGACGCCCACAGAGAACACAGAACACCAUCAUCUUGGAGUCUCACGUCAUCUGCUGCACGUUGAGCACAAGUGGUGGUUUACUGCUCGAGUCUGCUUUCCGAGGGCAAGGGGGUGUCCCCUUUAGUUGUGUCAUUGUUGAUGAGGCUGGGCAGUCUUGUGAAGUCGAGACACUUUCUCCGCUUAUCCACCGCUGCAACAAACUUAUCCUAGUAGGAGACCCCAAACAGCUCCCUCCCACGGUCAUUUCUAUGAAAGCACAGGAGUAUGGCUACGACCAGUCGAUGAUGGCACGAUUCUGCAAGCUACUUGAAGAGAAUGUGGAGCAGAACAUGAUUGGCAGGCUGCCGGUUUUACAGCUUACCAUUCAGUACAGGAUGCAUCCAGACAUAUGUCUCUUCCCUUCUAAUUAUGUUUAUAACAAAAACUUGAAAACAAAUAGACUGACUGAAGCCGUCCGAUGUUCAUCUGAGUGGCCAUUUCAGCCCUACCUUGUGUUUGAUGUUGGAGAUGGUUCAGAACGACGGGAUAAUGACUCCUAUAUAAAUGUUCAAGAAAUAAAGUUGGUGAUGGAAAUAAUUAAACUUAUUAAAGACAAAAGAAAAGAUAUUUCCUUCCGAAAUAUUGGCAUAAUAACCCAUUACAAGGCUCAGAAGACAAUGAUCCAGAAGGAUUUGGAGAAAGAAUUUGAUAAGAAAGGUUUAUUACAGCCCAUCAUGAUGGGGGAGUCAAGGCAGCAGGACCCUGAAGCAUCCAGUCAGAAGAAGAAGAGCAGUGAAUGCAUGCAUGCUAGUGAUGAGCUCGAUUUCUCCACUUUUACACAGUCCGGGAUCUCCUGCGUAGAGAAUGGUGUCACCCACACUGGGCCUGCAGAAGUGGAUACAGUGGAUGCCUUCCAGGGCCGGCAGAAAGACUGUAUAAUUGUUACCUGUGUCAGGGCGAGUGCUGUGCAAGGGUCAAUUGGAUUCCUGGCAAGUUUGCAGAGAUUGAAUGUCACCAUUACACGAGCCAAGUACAGCCUUUUCAUCCUUGGACAUUUGAGGACUCUGAUGGAAAACCAACAUUGGAAUGAGCUGAUUCAGGAUGCUCAGAAGCGUGGGGCCAUCAUUAAGACCUCUGACCCAAACUAUAGACAUGACGCUAUGAAGAUUCUGAAACUGAACCCUGUGCUGCAGAGGAGUCUGACCCAUCCUCCAGCCACUGCCCCGGAGGCACCCAGACCUCAGGGUGGCUUGCCCAGCAACAGGCUGGACAGUGGGCUUGCCAAGACAUCUUUUGCUGCUGCUCUGUACCACACACCCUCUGAUGCUGUCUCUUCAAAGGAACCUGAAAGGUCGUCUCUUCAAGAUCGACUUCGAGAUCCACGACUGCAUAGGAGAUUGGAUGCUGAAGCCAAGGGAGCAUUCUUGAAGGAUCCACAGCCUGCGAGCCCUCAGCUCCCUGGGGUAGUCCAUCUCCUGGGAGAGCAUGGCUUUCCUGUGCUUUUUCAGGACCUGGGUUUUGUUGUGCCACCAUCCACUGCCAUCGUCGCUCCUCUGAGCAGCCACAGGUCUCCUCUGCAGGCUGAGCCUCCACCUGCUCACCCUGCUGCUCCUUCCACAAGCAAGAGGAAAUGCAGUGACCCAGACUCUGGGUUCAGUCACAGAAGAGAGCCCGGUGAAGAGGAGAGGCGGGUCUCUGUGACUCACCACAUGCUGAGGAGCACUAACUGGGACAAGAGAGGGCUAGAGCAGGACAGCAGUGCCAAGAAGAGGCGCUUUCUAUAGUAGCUCCUGGUGACGUGACUGUCAUUCACAGGUAGCGAGUGGCACCAUGCAGAUAAGCUGGGUUUAUACUUUUGUUUCCUUUGAAGAGUCUGUUAAAGAAUGGAAAUACCUUCUAACCCUUGGGCUGUUGGUCAUCUUCAGUACUUUUUACCAGUUGUAUACACUUGGAGAGGGCGUUUGUGUACCUGUAAUGUCUUUGAGGUCAAAAAUUCAAAAUGUUGGGAUCUUUUGUUCUGUAGAAAAGGUCAGGUCAGGUGAAUGCUGUAAAGGUUAAACUGUGAGUCUGUAUAGCAAUACAAAAUCCUUUUAAAAUGUAAA